AUGCCGCCGUCUGCAACGCUGACCUCAGUCUUUUUCGCGAGAGCAUGCUCAUCAUCGGCACUCGCUGUAAGAGAAGCCAACGACGCCACGGAUUAUCAUGAGCUGGCGUCAAAAGCCAGAAACUUUGCCAUGCAGCUCAGCAACAUGCUGAGAAAGGACACCAAGCGGGUGAUUCUGGUUUGCACAAGGGGCAUCGAUGCCAUUGCUGUUCUUCUUGGUGCCAUGUCAUGUGGUGUUCAGUGCAUCCCGAUACUACCAGAGAGACCUAUUACCGCCGCUUACCUCGGUGGCCUCUGUGGCAGCCUUGGAACCCAGUACGUUGCGUGCACACCGCAGGCUGAGAUGCCCGCCGGCGUCAAGGACAUUUGCAUUGUCAGACUGGAGCCCAGGUUGCAAGGCGGGGAACGGGCGGAGGCGUGGUUGGAUAAGGCUCGGCCAGACGGCGAUGCUAUCGGGCUGUUGCGCCCCGGCAAGUCAAAAACUGAUCAUUUUGCCAAAUCUCCAGGCGCUCAACUAAUCAUUGAUACUGCGCGAGAAAACUUCGGCAUUGAGCCUGGGUGCCAGGUCCUGGUACUCAGCAGUCUGUUGGAUAUAUCUAUCUUGGCAAUAUUGUCCUGCCUUUGUCAUGGUGGCACCUUAGUCAUCCAAGGCGGUCUCUCGUAUGAACAAACCUCGCAAAUCAACGUUCUGUUUUCCAGUCCUGCCGUCCUGGCUGGCUGCCGUCCGGACAGGUUUCCUCGGCUGCGCACUGUGGCUGCUGGUCCUGGCCAACUGUCCCGAAAUCUGACGCACCGUUGGACACAAGUCAACGCGUGCGUGUGGAGUCUCACGCAGGCGCAAGAUAGAUAUGAUGUACCCAUGCGCCGCUACCCAGCUGUGGAGAGGACAAUUAUCCAGUGGCAGACGGAACACAGUAUGCUGCAACGACUUGAAGACUGUGCCGCGGCCAACCAUCUGCUGGCGCUCGAAGACAGCGUGUGGUACGUGGAGACGCUGGACAUUCACGGCACCUUGCACAGUUUUAUCGUCCCCGACGAUCUCAACUUAAACAAGCUGAAGUCGAAUCUCGUCACGAGGCAGCCGCAGCUCGCCGGAAGGGUCAGGCUUCACGCGCGCGCGCGGCUCCCUGUCAGGGUGGACGGUACGCUGGAUAUUUCGGCACUGAAGGGCGAAGUAGCCUGUCUCGAAGGGGCAGUUGCAGCACCGAAAAGACCUAUGGUGGCCCAAGGUGCCACCUGCACGUUGUUUCGCCUACUCUGCACGGUGCCCAUGGCGUCGAUGGUGGCCAUGUUGGUGAAUGUCAGCCUGUUGCCGAUCGUCACUCGACAAACAAAGAGCAUCUACACUCUCGCUGCCGCCAACGUGAGCAUGACCAUGCUGUCGCAGCAGGAUGCCUUCAUCAGCCUAGUUUAUCUGGUCCUGCAUCCGUGCAUGAGCGACGGGCCUGCAGCGAGGUUUCUACCACUGUGGGUCAAGCGGCAGAUGGCGGGUGUCUUUUGCAACCGCGCCAUGGUGCACGCGACGCUGGCAGCUUGGUCUAUGUUCUGGCUGCUCUGGUUUUCCAUUGAGCAGACAGUUUCAAGCUGGGCCAGCCCGGUCUCGGCCUCGGCGUCCUCGCUUGUCAUCGCGGUGGCGACCUGGACGCUUUUGGUUGCCUACAUUUGCCUGGGGCUGGCUUCUGUACCGCUGUUGUGGGGGUCGCCGAGUGAGAACCGAGUCCUGUGCAUGGUGCAUAAGUCGGGCGGCCUGGCUGUGUGGCUUAUGGCCUUGGCUCUUGCCGUCGUGCAAGCAGCCAUAGGUCGAGACCAAGGCGUCAUGGCAGGCCGACGCAUUGGCGGCACGCUGGAGGUCUGGUUGCUGGCUGCGCCACUUGUCAGCCUCGGCGUUCCAUGGCUGACGCUGCGUCGAGUCACGGCUCGACGCAAGUGGAGCGCUCCCGACCGUCAAGGGUGGGAAAUUGUGACGGGUGGCCGCCAGUUGGCGUCUGGCGCGCGGCGGUGGAUGACAGCCAGCAGCCCACUGAGCAGCAACUGGCACUGCGCCGUUGCGGUCGCCUCGAGCGGUGGCUGCAAUGGUUGGAUCGCCAUAGUGGAUGUCGGCAUGCUGGGGAACUGUAGUCCUCAGUCACAGUCGCUACCCGGCCACGACCGGCUCCAACGCACUUUUUGGAUACAACAGCUCCCCGUGUUCCGCAUUUUGAGUGCGACACGGUUCUUCCAGAGCGUAGUCGUGCUUGCCAUCGGCAAGGGCAUCCUGGCCGUUGCUGGCAAGACGCCGCGGUACGUGGUCUGGUCCGCGGCGAAGCAGGACUUUGACAAUCUCGAUAAGAAGUUGGGCACGCGCCAGCUUCGUAAAGUGCCGCACACUGCAAGCCAGCAAGAGCUCAGCCAGGUGGUAGUAGAGGAGGCGAAGCGGGGUGGUGCAGAGGCCAUCUUUGUCAUCGGAAGUGCCACGACGGUGGUCAAGGUAGUUGGCCGGCUACGCACAGUCAGCAGCUUGUCUGUCUAUGUGGAAACAUGCAACUGA